UACCAAGGUCAAGCUGACAGGCCUGUACUUCCCUGGAUCCUCCUUCUGUCCCUUCGUGUGGAUGGGUGUCACAUCAGCAGUCCUCCAGUUGCCUGGGACCUUUCCUGUUACCCAGGACUGCUGAUAAAUGAUGGAGAGUGGCUUGGCAAGCUCCUCGGCCAGCUCCCUCAGCGCUCUCAGGUGGAUCCCAUCCAGCCCAUUAAACAUGUGAUUGUCCAGGUGGAGCAGCAGGUCAUAAUCUCCAUCCUCCUGGAUUACUGGGGGUCAGCACAGGGCAGCUGAGAUCAGGGCUGAUGCAAAGGCUGGCUGUCUUCACUUGGCACUAAGGGAAAGUCCUUUUGCCUCUCAUCACCCACAAGAUUCCACGUGUAGCAGAAAUGCCAGGGAUUUCUGCAUUCAAAGUGCUCCUCACCUGUGGUGGGCAGCUGGAACAGAACACACAAACCAAAAUCCCUGCAGCUCUGCUCUACACUCAGGUGAGUUGGGAGGGAAAAUUCUAAAAAGUUCUUUGAUAUCAUGAUGGAUUUAAUCUGAGAUCAACCCAUGGUCCUAUUACCCGGUUGCAGUAGGACAGGACUUACUCAUGCAGAAGGGCGGUUCUGUAAGAAAUGGUAUAGUUUUUUCUCAAAGAAGUCUGCCCUAACCUCUCACUUCCUUUAUCUCCUUGUUCAGUGCUCCUCACCCAGAGGCAGCAGAUGUCCAACAGCAGCUCCAUCACACAGUUCCUCCUCCUGGCGUUCACAGACACGCGGGAGCUGCAGCUCCUGCACUUCUGGCUCUCCCUGGCCAUCUACCUGGCUGCCCUCCUGGGCAACGGGCUCAUCGUCACCGCCAUCGCCUGCGACCACCGCCUCCACACCCCCAUGUACUUCUUCCUCCUCAACCUCUCCCUCCUCGACCUGGGCUCCAUCUCCACCACUCUCCCCAAAUCCAUGGCCAAUUCCCUCGGGGACACCAGGGACAUCUCCUACGCAGGAUGUGCUGCACAAGCCUUUCUGUUUGCCUUUUUGAUAUCAGCAGAGUUUUAUCUCCUGACGGUCAUGGCCUACGACCGCUACGUGGCCAUCUGCAAACCCCUGCACUACGGGACCCUGCUGGGCAGCAGAGCUUGUGCCCACAUGGCAGCAGCUGCCUGGGCCGGUGGGUUUCUCAAUGCUCUGCUGCACACGGCCAGUACAUUUUCACUGCCCCUCUGCCAUGGCAAUGCCCUGGAGCAGUUCUUCUGUGAAAUCCCCCAGAUCCUCAAGCUCUCCUGCUCAGACACCUACCUCAGGGAGGUCGGGGUUACUCUGGUCAGUGCCUGUGCAGCAUUUGGGUGUUUUGUUUUCAUUGUGCUGUCCUAUGUGCAGAUCUUCAGGGCUGUGCUGAGGCUCCCCUCUGAGCAGGGACGGCACAAAGCCUUUUCCACGUGCCUCCCGCACCUGGCCGUGGUCUCCCUGUUUAUCAUCACUGCCAUGUUUGCCUACCUAAAGCCUCCUUCCAUCUCCUCCCCACCCCUGGACCUGGUGGUGGCAGUGCUGUACUCGGUGGUGCCCCCAGCAGUGAACCCCCUCAUCUACAGCAUGAGGAACAAGGAAAUCAAGGAUGCUUUAUGGAGAGUAAUCCAAUGGAUGCUGCUUCACUGA